AUGGCCGCUACUAGAAUCGUCAAGGUUGGAAUCAUAGGUUGUGGCGAGAUUACACAGGUGGCACACAUCCCAACCUUGUGCUUUCUUUCCCACCUGUUCACUAUCACGUACUUGUGCGAUGUCUCGGCGGAGUCCUUGAAGCACAAUGCUCAGAAGGUUAUUAACCACAUCCCCCAGACGACGCAGAACCCUGCCGAGCUUUGUGCGUCGCCGGAAGUCGAACUGGUCUUCAUCGCCAGUUCAGACGAAUAUCAUGCGAUCCAUGUCAUUGAAGGGCUGAGGCAUGAUAAGCAUGUCUUCAUCGAGAAGCCGAUGGCCUUGUGCAUGAGGGAUGCGGAUGCCAUCAUUGAGGCUGAGCAGAGAUCGAAGGGCAGAGUCAUGGUCGGAUACAUGCGUCGAUAUGCUGCUGCCUUUCUUGAUGCAGUGGCAGAGAUUGGCGGCAUGGACAGAAUCCUAUAUGCUCGAGUUCGAGACAUAAUAGGCCCAAACAGCCACUUUGUUGCUCAAUCUGGGACUUUCCCCAGAGUCUUCACGGAUUUCUCACCAGAAGUCGUCAAAGACAAGAAUGACAGAGCGUCCGACAUAGCACACCAGGCACUGUCAGCCGAAUGCGGCCUAACCGUGACUGCCGAGUCAACGAGGAUGUGGCGGCUACUCGGUGGUCUGGGCUCUCACGACUUAUCAGCAAUGAGAGAGGCAUUAGGAAUGCCGCAACGGGUAAUUGGUGCCUCUCUCAAGCUGCCAUUCUGGAGUGCGUUGCUUGAAUACCGUAAUUUCUCUGUGACAUACGAGUCUGGGCUCGACAGCGUUCCUCGAUUCGAUGCUCACAUUGAGGUGUACAGCAUGACGAAGACUGUCCACGUGAAAUACGACACACCCUAUAUCAAAGGUCUACCAGUUACAAUGACAAUCAGUGAGAAUGUCGAUGGGGUAUAUAAAGAAUCGACCUCUAUACGGACGUACGAGGAUCCGUACACCCUCGAGAUGAAGGAAUUGUAUCAGGUGGCUGCGAAUGGGAAAGAGGUGAAAACAACAGCAAAGGAUGCAAAGCAGGACCUGGAGAUAUUCCAGAUGAUAAUGAAGGCGGGAUCUGGAUGA